AUGCCAGACAAGGGGGCGGGGCCACCUGAACAGCCGGAAACGGCCGAGCCGAGACCCUGCGGCACCCCGCGCUCCGGCCGGCGCGACCCGGUCCUGCCGCGGCCACCGUGCCGGAGGACGCCUUGGGCCGCCCGGGGCGAGGCGGUGCGGCUGCAGCUGGAGGGCGAGGAACUGCGGCUGCAGGAGGAGAGCGUGCGGCUGCAUCAGAUCAACACCUACCUUAGCGACCGCAUCUCGCUGCACCGCCGCCUGCCGGAGCGCUGGAACCCGCUGUGCAAAGAAAAGAAAUACGAUUAUGAUCAAUUGCCCACAACAUCUAUUAUCAUCGCAUUUUAUAAUGAAGCCUGGUCAACUCUCCUUCGGACAGUUUACAGUGUCCUCGAGACGUCCCCAGACAUCCUGCUAGAAGAAGUUAUCCUGGUAGAUGACUACAGUGAUAGAGAGCACCUGAAGGAACGCCUGGAAAAUGAGCUGUCAAAGCUGCCCAAGGUGCGCCUGAUCCGCGCCAACAAGAGGGAGGGCCUGGUGCGAGCCCGGCUGCUGGGGGCUUCCGUGGCAAAGGGCCAAGUGCUGACCUUCCUGGACUGCCACUGUGAGUGCCACGAGGGGUGGCUGGAGCCACUGCUGCAGAGGAUCCAGGAAGAGGAGUCGGCAGUGGUGUGCCCGGUGAUUGAUGUGAUCGACUGGAACACCUUCGAGUACCUGGGGAACUCGGGAGAACCCCAGAUCGGCGGUUUCGACUGGAGGCUGGUGUUCACGUGGCACGUGGUUCCUGAGAGGGAGAGGAUGCGGAUGCGGUCCCCUGUCGAUGUCAUCAGGUCUCCAACAAUGGCUGGUGGGCUGUUUGCUGUGAGUAAGAAAUAUUUUGAAUAUCUGGGGUCUUAUGAUACAGGAAUGGAAGUUUGGGGCGGAGAAAACCUCGAAUUCUCCUUUAGGAUCUGGCAGUGCGGUGGGACCCUGGAGACACACCCGUGUUCUCACGUGGGCCACGUUUUCCCCAAGCAAGCUCCCUACUCCCGCAAAAAGGCCCUGGCCAACAGUGUCCGUGCAGCUGAAGUGUGGAUGGAUGAAUUCAAAGAGCUCUACUACCACCGCAGUCCCCACGCCCGCUUGGAGCCCUUUGGGGACGUGACAGAGAGGAAGCAGCUUCGCGCCAAGCUUCAGUGUAAGGACUUCAAGUGGUUCCUGGAGACCGUGUAUCCAGAACUGCACGUGCCUGAGGACAGGCCUGGCUUCUUCGGGAUGCUGCAGAACAAAGGACUGAAAGAUUACUGCUUUGACUAUAACCCUCCCAGCGAACACGACCUCACGGGACACCAGGUCCUCCUGUACCUCUGCCACGGGAUGGGCCAGAACCAGUUUUUCGAGCACACGUCCCAAAAUGAAAUUCGCUAUAACACCCACCAGCCAGAGGCCUGCAUCGCUGUGGAGGCAGGAACAGAUAUCCUCAUCAUGCACCUCUGCCAGGACACGGCCCCGGAGAACCAGAAGUUCAUCCUGCAGGAGGACGGUUCUUUAUUUCACAUACAGUCCAAGAAAUGUGUUCAGGCUGAGAAGAAGGCACUCAGCAACAGUUUCGUACCGCUCUUACGAGACUGCACCAACUCGGAACAUCAGAAAUGGUUCUUUAAAGAACGCAUGUCAUAAAGUGUCGCUGCACCACGGAGACCACAUGGGAGAGGGGGCCCUGGACGUAGCCCAAAAGACUUCGCCUCGUGCAGUGACAGGCCCACCCAAAACUUGGCUGCUCUGUUUUAUAAGGAAAUCACUGUGCAAUUUGUGAAAGCGAUGUGGUAAGAAUGUGAAUAAGCUUUGUACUGUUUUUUGAAAACUUUAAAAUUGUUCCCAAAUACCUGGUUUUCAAAGGGUAAUCAUAAAAUGUUAAUUCUUGGUAGUCAGAGAAUUAAAAGCCUUCAAAUAUUUUUCUAUCAAGAUCGGUUGUGCCUUUUUAUUCCCUUGGCAAAAAAAGUAAAUGUUUUACUCUGGUAUUUACAAGGAUUUCCAGGUAUGAAGAUGUGUGCACGUGUUGAAGUUAGACUCGUGUAAUGUACUUUGCAUAAACUGAUAAUACUUCAGAUGUUGGUUUCGAUUUUUCUCACUGUGGACAGAUGGACAGUGGUAACAUUCUGCUGAUUCCUUCAGAGCAUUGAGAUAACAUAGAUUUAUUUAAUAAAGAGUGCUACUUGGUUAUGUAUUGUUGCCAGAGACAAACCUCCAGUUAAAAAUUAUGUUAGCCAAAGAAGACUAACCAAAGCUGAAAUCUCAAAGGAAUAACUUGAUAUCCUGGGCUAAUAAAAACUUCCACCACACGGGUGGACUUCCAACAAUGCA